AUGACCACUGUCGAGGCCGCUGCUUCACUCUUUGGGUCGGACGACUCGACGCCAGAUCCAUUUGCCUCGUUGGGUGCACCCGAGGAAACUGACAACGGCAAUGGAUCCAUAACCAACUCGGAUUAUUGGUUAGAACCGUCGGCGGCCAACUCACCCCCGCCACCAAACCUACCAUCGACGGCUGAAGUCGCAGGGACCUAUGGUAGUGCACAGGCGUCCUACUCUAUACCUGCCACGAACGGUGGCAUCAACUAUUACGACGAAAACUACAGUCACGGCCACGGAUGGCAAGACACGCAAGUGAAUGGCCAUGGCUACGGCGGGCAGCAGGCCAAUACAUGGUCUUCUGCUCCCGCAUCUAAUCCGUAUGACCCAUACGCGCCGUAUACAAAUGGUUCGGCGGCGGCGGCGGCAGUUCCGCCAACCCAACCCUCUCAUUCAUAUGACCCGUACGCACCCCCGCCGCACGCUGACAAUGGCUCGGUGGUUCAGUCUACCCCAAACUCUUCUGCUCAUCCGUAUGACCCGUAUGCGCCUGUCCAAGCUUCCGCCGGCCCGACCGUGUCACAGGCAUUCGUGGAACCAGCAAGUCAUAUGUACGACGUUUACGCGCCCACGCAGGCGACAAGUGCUAGUUACACGGUGGCUCCCGCUCACUCGUACACGCCGGCUGCAUCCACUGCGGGGGGGACUACUACAACUUCCCAAUACGAUGUGCCGUAUCAGCCACCUGCUCAUACACCAUACCCUACCGCUGCCACGUCUGAACCACCUUCCAUCUCCGCGCCACCACCCCCCAAAGCACCUCUAGUCAGGCCUAAAGUUGUGAACGCCUAUGAUCCACCAUUUCCCACAACCACUAAGCCUGCUCGACGGACCAGCUCCCGUCCUGCACUCAAUACGUACCCAGCUACCAACACUCACAGCCAUAUCCAACAGCCUUCUUACGAGUCACAAUACUCUACGAAUGGAUCCCCAGCAGUGGUUCAUGAAACUCAAGCAGCGUACCAGGCACGCGUCGCCAACCCAGAAGCAUUCUUCAAUACCGUGUCCGGACUUCCUGCCCAGCAGCCGUUGGAAACUUCUCAAAUGCACGACCUUGGGCUCCCGUCCGUCUCACAUGACCACCCCGUCUUUGGACACACGUCCCCCUUCAUGGGACAUCAAGGCCUAUCCACAUCUCCGCCAACCCAGCAUUACUCUCCGUCCUUAGGACACAAUGCUACUGUUCCGAGAACAGCGUCACCGAACAUUCCUCAAACUCAUUCUCGGAGAGCAUCUCAAGACAUCUCUCCUCCGAAACGAGCCUUCACCCCGAGUUACAAUGAUUCCAGAUCAAUACAGAACUCGAGUUCUCCGGUAGUCAGUCGAGCGUUUAGUCCCAGCUCCAUCCCUAGGACUGCUUCACCCGCCUCUUUGAAUCACGUUGCUUCUCCGGAGUUUCAGCCGGCUCCGUACAACCCGUAUGCUCCCUCUUCGGUCGAUGAGAAUGGAUACGCUCCUGCAUAUCAACCAUCCACGUAUAGCCCACCGCAGCCUCUAGUCACGUCACCGAAUUUAUCGGAUGCUCGUAAUAGAGCCAUGUCCAACGGUUCGGUUUACUCUUUGCAAGGUAAAGAAGAUCCAUACGCUCCAGCAAAGCUUGAUCGUCGGCAGACGCUCCCCAUCAGCGAACCUCCUUAUAUGUCGCCACAGCUCAACGAACCUUCACAGUAUGGGUAUACACCAACGUCGGCGUAUAGUUCCUUCGUGAGUGGUGAACAAGAGCUGAUAAUCAAGCCCAACCAGUCUGCAUAUGCGCCCUCCCCCUCACUAAUGGGUAGCAAUGAUCCUCUGGGUCGCACUUCCGCUCGCGUCCCUAUCUUCAGCUUUGGGUUUGGAGGGAAGGUGGUUACAUGCUUCCAUGGCGCCGACUCCCUCAACACUGGGUUCGAUGUGGCGCUAGCUGCACGAAACUCAACAGGCGUCCAGAUACGAGUGCUGAAGAAUUUGGUUUCUCAAUCAGCUCUGAAUGCAUCUUCAGCCUCCUUCCCUGGGCCUUUGUUCUCUGAUCCUGGUACACCUACAACCAGCCUUGUGCGUACUGGCGCCAGCUCGCAGACCAAGAAUAAGAAGGCUCGGGUGGUGAAGUAUUUAGAGGAACGGGCGGAGGAACUUACACAGGGACUUAGUUAUGUACAUGCCGGAACUACGGAAGGUCGCAGAGAAGAGGGGAAACUUGCUCUUGUCAACUUGUUGAAGGUCAUGGUUGAGAACGAUGGGAAACUGUCUGGAACUUCUCAGAUCGACUCGGCAGUCCGCUCAGCGUUGAUUCCUCAUUUGGAGAACAGUGUAGGUGUGGCCGCUGAAACGCCAGUGCCUAUGGUUGGCCUUGGACUAUCUGUUGUACCGGAUGUGCACAGCGAGACGCCGCUUUCGACGACGGUCUUACGUUCCUCCGCUCUGGACACAAUCCAGGACUUCCUCGUCCGUGGUGAACGCAAGAAAGCUUACCAUUAUGCUCUUGAUGAAAAACUCUGGGCCCACGCUUUGGUGAUCGCAAGUGGCAUCGAUAAGGAGUCGUGGAAGGAAGCAGUGAACGAGUUCUUGAAGGUCGAGCUUGCAUCGAAAGUCGUUAAUGGCACAGCGCCGUCAAUGCACGCGUCCUCCCGACAGUCUAACCACGGCCGUAAAGCUCUGAGAGUGGCAUACAGUCUUUUCUCCGGUCAAGGGGCUGCUGCUGUACAAGAGUUGCAUCCUCAUACACUGUUAUCUCAAGGCAAACCAACCCUAACACUACCUCAGUUGAAUCAACUCACACCGACACCUUUAACCCCGAACUUCAGUUCUCCGAUCCCAUCUACACCAAUACCUUCGGAUACAUUGGCAUCUUGGCCUGAAACGAUUGCGAUGAUGUUGACCAACCCAUUGACAUCGGAAAUAUCCGCUGCUUUGACUGCACUGGGUGAUCAGUUGGCUGCCAACCAAUGGAUAGAAGCCGCUCACGUUUGCUAUCUUCUCUCCCCGCAGACAUCCCCAAUAGGUGGCAUCGGCAAUCCGUCUGCCCGUAUUGUAUUGCUUGGGAGUCGGAGUCCUCAGACUUGGUCUGGCUUUACAAGAGAUUCCGACCCUAUCGUCUUUACUGAGAUCUUUGAGUUUGCGCUGUCUCUUGUCACACCAGCGAAAGGACAGGAAUCUUUCAAUGGUUUCCCUCAUCUACAGGCUUACCGAUUCAUGCGCGCCAUGGCUCUGGCCGAACUUGGCCAUGUCCAGGAAGCAAACAGGUAUUGUGAAGCGAUCACAGCUGCUCUCACCCGAGGGUCUCCGUACUUCACACCGAUCUUUGUUGAGCAACUCAAAGGUUUAAUGGACCGUUUGAUUGGAGCUCCCAAUCUCGAUAAAACCGGCUCAUGGAUAGGCUCGAAGUUAAGCAAGCCCAGUCUGGAUUCGAUUGGCGGUUGGUUGGAGGGAAGAUUUACCAAGCUUGUGACGGGAGAUACGGAUCCUGGCAGUCCAGUAGCGGAACCUAAGGCAGAUUCGCAACCAUUUGGACCGUUCUCUCACUAUAGCUCCAUUUCAUCCGCUACUCAAUCCGCUCGUUCGUCACCGCAGCCGUCGUUGCACGCGUAUCCUGUGGGCCUUCCCAAUCCCAACGGACACAAUCAUAUUGAUCGUGCAUCGUCUGCCAUGGAUUACAUACGGCGUAAACCUUCGCCUGUGCCACGCAUAGCAUCUGCAAGUGCCACGGCAACGACCUUUGCGCAGGCUCCUUCGUUCGGACAGUCCUAUCAAAGCCCUUAUAGUCCGAACGGAAUCCCCAGUCCUGGGCAAGAGAUGGCUACACCACGGCCUGUGGGUGACGAUCACGAGGAUGCUGGCCAGGAAGUCGGUUGGUGGGGCGCAUCUUCCUACGGACAGAACGCUUCCAAUCAAACCCCCACGGCCAGCUCAUUCAUGAAGGUCGAUGCGCCCGUCACUGAGUCGGCAGACGGUUUCAUCUCAUUGAUGGACACUCCAUCAUAUGGAACACCCUCGCCCACUUAUUCUAGUGGUAGUGGGAAGCCUCAGUCUUACUCCCCAGCGGACGACGACGACGAUUUAGGUUUGGGUAAUAAUGGUAGCAGGAAGAAAGACGCGAAGGGUCUAGAUGCUCAGUCAUCCUCUUCCCCUGCGCCACCUGCAGAGCAGCCCAAAAAAUCAGACCCUCAACCGAAUGAAGGCCAGACGGGAUCUUGGUUCAGUCUCAGCCGACUCUGGAAAAAGAGCGACGCCCCUGGACCAAUCAAAGCCAAUUUGGGAGAAGAGACGUCCUUCUACUAUGACCCAGAAACAAAGCGCUGGGUUAACAAGAAGGCGGGUGCGGAGAAUGCACCCAAACCAGCUGCCCCGCCACCCCCACCGUCAAGAGCGCAGACAGCUUCCCCCGGGAGAACGUCCAAUUUCUCGAUGGGAGGGGGAAAUUCUGCCCCGCCACCGCCGCCUCGCGCAGCAUCUGCGAUCGACCUGAGCACUUCGCCUCCGAGCAAAACAGUGAUGCGCGUCCGUUCCAACUUAGCGCCUCCCCCUACAGCGGAGUCCGCUCCUAGCACACCAACUGGCAUGAGAUUGUCACCAAACGGCGGCCCACCACCACCACGGCCGAAAUCUCAAGCAACGAAGCGUAACAUCCGCAGUCGCUACGUGGACGUGUUCUCAGGGGAGGGGGCGAAUUAA